AUGACAGCAGGGUUCUGUGAUGAUGACCCCAAGCCCGGAGACCUGAUUGAGAUAUUUCAUCAUGGCUACGAGCACUGGGCCCUCUUUGAGGGAAGUGGUUAUGUGAUCCAUCUGGCUCCUCAAGGUGACGGCCGUGUGAUAGGCCCCUCCACCAUCUUCUCAGUCCUGGGCAAAGGGGCAAUGGUGAAACGGGAGCGCCUGAAGGACAUAGUGGGGGUCUGUGACUAUCAAGUCAACAACCACCUGGAUCAGAAGUACCGACCACUGCCUGUGAACCAGAUCCUCAAGGCAGCGAAGGGGAAGAUUGGCGAGGCUAUGCCGUACCAUGUUCGAGGCAGGAAAAGUGAGCAGUUCGUGGCAGAUCUGAGAUAUGGUGUGGCUCGUACCAAGCAGUUAUUGAAAGAACCCAAACCUGGAGACCUGAUUGAGAUUUUCCGUCCCGGCUAUCAGCACUGGGGCCUCUACGUGGGAGAUGAUCAUAUCGUUCACCUGGGUUUAGCAAAUGUAGAUUCUAACGCCGGCUUCUUCAUAUUGGCCUCCUCUGUUGACACCAGAGCAGUGGUGAAGCGGGAGCUCCUGGCAAAAGUGGUGGGAGACUCCAAAUAUGAGAUCAACAACUACUUGGACAACGUGUGCAGACCCCGUCUUUUGAAGAAGAUCCUCCAAUCCGCCGAGGAGGUUAUCAACCAAACCAUGGAGUACAACAGUAAGGAGUGGAACUGUGAGCACUUUGUCACCUAUCUGAGAUACGGCGUGGCCCACAGUGCGCAGGGCCCCCCACCAGCCAUAUCCUGGCCCCAGAGUCUCCCCCUGGAGCCUGAGUCCAGGGACCCAGGCACAAACCCCUUCCCUGCCAACCCGCCCACCUAA